CCCCCGGCAACAUCUCGAACCUUCUUCCUCCUCUCUUUAUACCACUCCCUCUCCCUCACUCCGCUCCGCACUGCAGAAUCCAAUCCAAUCCAAUCCAUCGAGCUCUCCAAGUCGACUCGCACCGUCCCAUCCCACUUCCCACCCACCCACACACAGCGAGUAACCAACCCGAGGAAGAAAGAAGACAUGGCCGAGCUGCUGUUCGCCCCCGCCGUGGCCGGCCUCGUCCACCUGCCGGAGGUGCUCGAGCGCCUCGCCGCCGCGGACGCCGACCACCGCGACCACGCCCACCACCACACCGCCCACGGGCACGGGCACGGCCACCCCCGCGCGCAGAUCGGGGGCGUGGGCGGCGGCGCGCCCGUGGACAUCGUGGAGACCCCCGCCGAGUACGCCUUCCUGCUCGACGUCCCCGGCCUCUCCAAGUCCGACAUCCAGGUGACUCUGGAGGAGGACAACGUGCUGGUGGUGAAGAGCGCCAGCAACGGCGGCGGCGGCGCCAACGGGAAACGGAAGCGGGAGGAGGAGGAGGCGGACUGCCGCUACAUCCGGCUGGAGCGCCGCGCGUCGCCGCGGUCGUUCGUGCGCAAGUUCCGGCUGCCGGAGGACGCGGAUGCGGGCGCCGUGGCCGCGCGCUGCGAGAACGGCGUGCUCACCGUCACCGUCAAGAAGCAGCCGCCGCCGGAGAAGAAGACCAAGUCCGUCCAGGUCGCCAUCGCCUGAUCGUUCGGGCCUUCCUUCAGUCGCGCGAACCUUCGGUACCUCGUCGGCGUUUGUCGUCAGUGAUCGUUCCAGCAGUAGAGUAGUGUGGCGAGUCUGGUAGAUUUGGGUCUUCUCUUGUGGUCUCAUGCUCUGUUCGUGGUCUGGCCGGACAUUAGGUGUGCUAGUUGUGGUCGUGUUUUGUGAAUCAUGCUGUGAAUGCAACGAUGGAGCACGAAUUGUAUCUUCCUCGCUUGACCGAAUGCAGCCGCGUGCCUGGAUUCAUACGUUUUUCACGUAAUCUUAGCGGAAAAUAGAAUGAGAACUUUGUUUCA